AUGAGAAUAUUCGGAAAAUUCAAAACCGACUAUAUUAGAAACGACCCAAAACAGAAUAUAUGUAAAUUCGGGUAUGAUAGUAAUUACUUUGUGACAGGAGGAAACGAGUCAUGCGUAAGGGUUUGGAGAUUAACGGAAAACUUAAUAAAGAACGUAAACAAAUUUCAAAACCAAUACAAGAUCCAAGGAACUAAUAAUAAGUUUAAGAACGUAAAUUUAAGAAAGUUCAAGCUGGAAGAAAACGCUUCACUAUCGGAUGAUAAUGCUCCAUCUGAUACCACAUUGUCAGAUGGAAAUUUGUCUGUCGUGGAAAACGAAACAUUUAAAACAAACAAUAUAAUUGAAACCAAAAGCAGUAGCGAACUUAGUAAUUCAUUGUCAAACAUUGACGACACUUCCCCGUCCCCUUCAUCCUCACCCUCUUUGUCCUCAGUGAACGUCUUUAACAAUAAAAAGAACCAUUAUAUAGACAUAAGUGAAGUUGAUUCAAAUAAUAUCGGCAAUUCUGAUUCUUUAUCGAAGGAAAAACCCCCUAAAAAUUCUACCGAGGGUUUAAAAUUCUCUAUCGGAGUUAAUUCGGUCGAUUGUAAAGUUCAGGAAAACGAUAAAUUAAACUUUUUGAAGGAAGACUCACUGGAUUUCAUUAAAAUCGGGAGCAAUAGAAUGUGUAAAUUAAUAUUAGAAUACCGCGAACAUGUAAAAAGUAUAAACGAUUGUACCAUAUUUAACGAGUUGCUAGUGUCAGUGUGUGACGAUUACAUGGUGUUUUACAAGAUAUUUCCAAACCCAAAACUGUUGUUGAAACACAAACUGGACUCAGUCAGGUUCAAAUUUGCCCAAAUUUUGCCAAAGGUGACCAAUGAGAAGGUUUAUAGUAUUUUGACAGUGCAGAACAGUAACGAUGGCAGUACCUUGUGUUUAUGGAAUUUUAACAUUUCGAACAAAAAGUUAAAUUUGACAAAAUCCACCAACAUUUCAAAGUCAAAGUCAUCCUCAUUGACAAUGAAUUUUGAGGACGAUAAAGUGGCCUUAGGUUUUGGGGACGGAACAGUCUCUGUAUACUCUAUAAACAAGUUUAAAUUGAUAAGAAGGUUCAACAAGCACAAAAUGCCCAUUACAGACCUAGAAUUUGUCAGGUAA